GUCUCACUGACCAUUACUUCUUUUCAAUUUCUGGACGUCGAAAAAAAGACAUCACCGGUCGGAAUGCGACAACAACCCUUAGCAUUACCAGGGGACACUGAUCCUUCGAUUGAUCUUGAUGCCCAUGCCAGGACAUCCCACAAUACAUCCUACAGCUUUGAUUACCUCUUCCUCAAACGAUUCUGGCGGCUCUUGCGAUUGCUUUUCAAGCCGACAUCCUUGGCACCUCACGCAUUCUGGUCACCAAAAAAAGAAGCGAGACAAAAUAGCCUAUUCUGGCUCUACGUAAUAUUUGUUGCUCUGAGUUGCGGCAACGAAGUCCUAGUAUAUUUUGUCGGUCUGAUUCCUAGUCGCUUCUACACGAUAUUGACCAAUAAGGAUUUAAGCGGAUUCACUCAGUUUACCGUACCGUGCUUACUUUUGGUAUUUGGUGCAUCCGCCGGCAAGAGUCUGGUUACUUUUAUGGGGGGUCUGUUUGCUUUAAAAGCUCGAAGACUACUGACCGAACAUGUGCAAGCUCGAUACAUCCGGCCAAAAACGAUGUAUACGCUUGUUCUCAACCAUACAUCGAUUGAUAAUCCCGACCAACGUAUUGCUCAAGACAUUGAACGCUUUUCUGAUACGCUACGAAAAAUUGUGGAGCAGCUGAUCAUCAUGCCAUUACUGCUCAUCUCAUAUACAUGGCAGUGCUGGAAAGUCAGCGGUUUCAUGGGUCCCCUAUUUAUUUAUGCCUAUUUCAUCCUCGGUUCUGUGAUCAGUCGCAGAUUCAUUAAACCCAUCGUCAACGCCGUGUUUUACAAAGAAGCGCAAGAAGGCUAUUUCAGAUUUCUUCACGUCCGGCUGCGGCAAUAUGCGGAAUCCAUUGCCUUUUCCCAUGGCGAGAAGGAAGAGAAUAUUCGUGCCAAGGAUUCACUGGAUAGUUUGCUGGUCUUGCAGCGCUCCAUUGUGAACAAAGAGCUACCGCUCAACUUGGCGAACAAGAGUUUUGCCUACUUUGGGUCGAUCCUCAGCUAUUUUGUCAUUGCCAUUCCGGUAUUUGCGGGCGCUUUCGACGAUAAAGAUCCGGGCGACCUCAGCGCCAUUAUCAGCAAGAACUCCUUUGUCUCUAUGUAUCUCAUUUAUCUAUUCACAAGCAUCAUUGAACAGUCGAGCAAACUAUCCGAUCUCGCCGGUUACACCGCGCGUAUUGCAGAGCUGUUGGAAGCCAUAGAAGAUGUGGACAACGAAAUUGAGAAUAUCGAGAUCGAUUAUCCUUACAGGGAAGAUGAUCAAAGUAAUAAUGCUAUCGAGUUUGAAAAUGUCAGCAUAUGGACUCCACAGGGGAAAAAUGUGAUCAUAAAUUUGAAUCUUCAUAUUGCCAAAGGAGAGCAUGUUAUCAUUAUGGGUCCUAAUGGAAGUGGCAAGACAUCCGUGUUGCGGGCUUUAGCCGGUCUAUGGCCAUGUACAAGCGGGCGUCUACAUAUGCCGAAAAUGAAGCAUGGCAAAGACAUUGUAUUUUUGCCCCAGAUACCCUAUUUGAUCGAAGGUUCACUGAGAGAUCAGAUUACAUAUCCCAGUCUAGCUUCGGCAACCACUAUUUCCGAUGACGAAGUACGUUCACUUUUGGAACAAGUGCACUUGCCCCACCUCGAGUAUCUCGUCGAUUCUUUUGAUACAUGCUAUGGACCCCAGUGGAGCAAGAUGUUAUCGCCAGGAGAGCAGCAACGUCUGGUGUUUGCACGCAUUCUUUACUGGAAGCCUACAUUUGCUGCUCUGGACGAGGCAAUGAGUGGCAUGGAUAAUGCAACCGAAGCAUAUUUGUAUCGCCUUAUAAUCGAUAUGGGUGUCACUGUCAUCAGUGUGAGCCAUCACCGUGAUAUGAUACAGUUCCAUCGACAGCUCGUCGAAAUGGAUGGUCAAGGCGGCUAUCAGAUCACUCCUAUUGCUCCGUUGAUCACAUCAUAAAAUGCAUACUCGCACCCGUGUGUCCUCCCCCUCGACCAGGCGGUUGUUUUCUCCAUCAUUUUAUCUAAACAUCAGUUUCUUUUUCUUUUUGGUUCAUUUGGUUUAAAUCAUUUCACUCUGGCUUCAUCCAAAGUUGUAAACAAAAAAUGUCACAUCAUACCAGCAAAUACAAUUCACAAAGAGAAAUCCAG